AUGCCAACCCACUUCGCCUUCUCCAAUACCCCACCCUCCUCGCACCCAACCCCCAAACUUCACCUCACAAACGGCACCCUCCCGCCCUACAUCUCCGCCAACCACCCGCCGACCCAAAAACCCCCGUUCCGCCAAGUCCACGACUCCCCCUUCGUCGCCACCACCACCCUCCUACUGCCCGACGACCUCUACGCCUCCCUCAUCUUCUCCCCCAAGUUCCCACCAGCGCUGCUGCGACCCCGCCACGCAAAACUGCACCUCUCACUCCUCGACAUCCUCUCGGAACCUGUACUCACACACAUCCAGACACCGGGAACGCAUCUCCUGCUCUUGUCUGAGGGUACGCCUGGCGUAGACGACAUGUACUCGCUGCGCGACGGCGUCUUGCGGCUGGAUUUAGGGAGGGAGCGGUAUGAGCGUGUGGGAUUGCAGGGGAGGGCGGUGGCGGGUGGGGGCAGGAAGCAUGUGAAGGAGAGGUAUGUGGUUGAGGCGGAUCUGAGGGGUUUGGGGAUGAGGGCGGGGAAGAAGGGGUUUGAGAGGUGGAGGUGGGCGGCGAGGGAGAUUUUGACGGAGAGGAGGACGUGGUUGGGCUUGGUGGGCAUGGGGGGAGAGGAGGGGGAAGGGGUGCUGGAGGGGUUGGGGGCGGAGUGGAGGGAGGGGGAGGGGGAGGGGAGGGUCGAGAGGGACGUGAGGGUGCCGGUGGGAUUGCUCACGGGGAAACGCAGUCUUGGGAAUUUGGAGGUUGAUGAGGAGGAUGUAUGGGGUUUGGUCGAGUGGGCGGAUCUGGUGGCUUUGGGUAGUCCGAGGGUGAAAGAUUCGGACCGAGUGGAUGAGUUUGUGAGUCGGUACGAGUUGCCGGAGAAGGAGUCGAGCGACACCGUGGUGGGCAAGGUGAGGAUCUUGCGGUGGACGGGGCUACUGUCCAGUCAGUGGGUGCUGAGUCUGUUGAUGGAGCUUGUCAGGGCUUCGCGGGUGCAGAAGACUCGGGGUCCGCACUGGAUGGCAUUGAGUGUUGCAGGACAUCAACUCGAGGCAGUGGGCAAUCUCGACGGCUACACGAUCUUCCUGCAGCCAGAUGAGUCUCUUGUCGAUACUAGUCCAGAGCAGAAGGACAACCAGGGAAAGGAACGAGACACGGCGAUGGGUGGCACCACGAAUGGACAAGAGAAGCCAGAGACCGAGAGGGAUGGAGGUGCCAUGGAGAUCGAUAGCUCUGCAACUACAAAGGAGCGGACGGGCUUCCAGCGCUUUGUGAGUAUGCAAUUAGUCGAUAGCAUGGCAGUAGCGAGGUUGGCUACUGGCUUGCAGCCAAUCUAG